AGCCAUACACGAUCACCUCCCGACAACGCCUCCUCAAUAUAGUCCUCCAUCUCUAUUUGCUUCUUGCUCUCCUGCGGUGGGGACAGUCUCGGUGAUAGUAGGGGCGGGAUCCGUUGGGGUGGACUCGGAUCCGAGGAAGCAUCGCUCGUAUUCACACCAUCACCAGUCCCUAGAGUGCUCUGUUCACAGAAACGCAACGCAAACCCCACAACCUAGAUAUCUUGCGGUCUCCCUCUAGCCCACGCUUUCUUCUCAAACGCACAUUUUUCGAUCUUCUAUCCCACUCGAGGAGAAAACAGCAGGCUUUAUUAAAUGCUUCGGCCUCCGCUCAAUAUGCCGGUGAAUCUUUCACAAAAUGUCCAUAAGCAAUGUGAGCCUAGCGUUAGAUAUAUCUGGCCAGCAUGGCAGCCAGCUUCUGUAGGAGUUGUGAAUAUUUGUCCCGAUGUCGAUGACAACUUCUACUGCUACCGCCUGCCACACCUUAACAGAAUCGAGAGCAAAGACAACGGUAUGAAAAUUGUUGUUCCUAACAUGUUCUUCCACUGGAAGCUCGGUGCACGGACUACCCCCAAGAGCACUUGUAAUGAGGAUGACGUCAGGAAUUGGUGUUGGGGGAAUAGCGUGGAACGAAGGUUCACGACUCAGCUGUCGGUUAACACGAACUAUAAACUGUUCACAGCUCAAGCGAGCGAUGUAAAGGAUUUGGCUGGGUUCCUCAAGAUCGAAGUUUCAGCUGCUGAUGCGUGGUUUGAGAAGGACGAACUGAUUUACGUCCAUCCCAAGGAUCCUUGGAAGGUCUGUCUGUCUCCCCCCCGUACAGUCGCACAAUUUAGGGGCAAAAAUGGUCGCAUCCCAAAGCGCAUAGACGUACCCCAAAUUUUUCGCCAAAUGUGCAUCUCGCCGAUGGUGUCGGGCUUACUUCGUUUGGUCUUCGAAACGGGGCUUCACAUGAGGACGUAUAUACCUCUCACGGAUGUUCGCGUUGAUCUUCUCGGGCUGUCUAACGCGGUCACGGAGUGGUUUUACAUUUCAUCAAAAACUCUUCGCCGGAUUCUUUUCUUGGUUUAUUUUGGCCUCUCGCCGCUCGGCGUAAUCAUUUUUUGA